AUGUGCAAAGAGUUAUUGCUUGAUGAGGAUGAAAAUGAAAAAAACAAAAGUAGCGAGCAUUAUUUUUAUUACGGGGUUACCAAAUAUGAAAUUAAAAUCAAUUACAACGUAAAUCUUCAUAAAAAACGUCAUCUAACAUCUGUUCCAUCAACGCCAUCAUUAUGGGUAAAGCCAGUUUUAUUGACAGAAGUACCAAAAGAUCAAGAACCAUCAUCACCAGUUUCUCCAGAGAAAAAAUCAAGAAUCAUUUCCACGCCACAAGGUGGUUCAAUCAAAUUAAAAAAAAUGUCAAUCGAAGAUCGUGAGAGGUGGUUUGAAGCAUUUAAGAAACCACAUGAGCGUAGUCAACCAAUGAUCAGUUCACAAUUGGCUGGAUGCAAUAGAAAGGUCUUUUUAGGUGUAAAUAAUAAGGUACCUGUGCUUUCAUCUAGAUAUGUUGUUGGACAUUAUAGUCGGGAAACUUCAACGUAUUUCAAUAAUGCUUAUUCAAAAUACUAUGCUCCACGACCUGAAGAAAUUAUUGAGUUUCUUUGUCGCCAUCUCCAGUAUCCAAAAAAAACAGACAAAGAUGGCUAUGUAAAAGUUAAAUGCCCAACCUGUCGUCCAAAAAAAGACAACUAUUAUUCAAUGAUGAUUAACACAAAUAAUGGAACUUUUGAUUGUUUAUCUUGUUCAGAAAAGGGUACUUGGUAUGACUAUUUGCAGAUGUUAAAUAAAACCGAAUCAUAUAGAAUUACUGGUUCAAAAAAAAAUCCUUUCGAAGAAUCAAAUACUGAAUUUACAGAAGUAUCAAACUAUAAAAAUGAGUUAUCAAACCAUUCAGAAGUUAUCGCUCAUAUUUUAGAUAAAUUUAAAAUUACUUAUGAUACAUUAGGACAUUAUGAAGUUGGUAUGGCAAGAUAUAUUAAUAACAACCCUACAAUUCCAAAUAUUCCUCAAAGUUGGUUAAAGGGCCCAGAAGAUCUAAAAUAUGGUGAAUUAUGUAUAACAUUUCCAAGAACUGCUCCUUCUUUUAAAGACUUUAAGGAUUAUACGGAAUUAAAAACAUCAAUAGCAAGAAUUAAAGCCUGUUCAGUUAAUAGAGAUUUUGAACUAGUAGCAUAUGAUCCGCCAUCAUUUCGGGCAGGUCUUUUUGGAUAUCAUUUGGCAUCAUUAGAAACUGAAGAAGUAAUAUUAGCUGGAAAUGAAUUUGAUGCAAUGGCAGCAUACCAGGAAACGAAAAUACCUGCUUUUUGUUUACCUACGGAAAGUAGUCAAUUACACCUUCAAAUUCUUCCUUUGUUACAAAGAUUUUCUAAAAUUUAUGUUUGGUUGGAUGAUGAUGUUAUUGGUCAAGAUAUGUCAGAAAUGUUUGUCAAGAAAUUGGGGAUUGAGCGUUGUUUAAUAGUGAAUACACGUUGUGGUAAUUUAGACGGACCACUCAAUGCUAGCCAAGCAUUAAUAGCGGGAAGAAAUCUGAAUCAAAUACUUUCUAAUUCUAAGCCAUUACCACAUGAGCAAAUCAUUAAUUUUGAUCACAUUAAAGAUGGAGUAUAUAGAGAAAUCAUUAACCCAGAUCAAGUUCGUGGUGUCAUGUCUAAUGAUAUACCUGCAUUAAAUAAAACACUUAAAGGGCAUCGACCAGGUGAAAUGACUAUUUUUAGUGGUGGGACUGGUACAGGAAAAACUACUGUUUUAAGUCAACUUUCUUUAGAUUAUUGUAUAUCAGGUGUUAGUACAUUGUGGGGAAGUUUUGAAAUUCCAAAUGUAAGAUUAGCAAAAAAAAUGUUGCAACAAUUUUCUGAAAAGGAUUUAUCACAACAUCCUGAAGAAUUUUCUGAAUGGGCUGCAAAAUUUCAACAGCUUCCAAUGUAUUUUUUAAAGUUUUUUGGUAGUACAGAAAUUGAUACUGUCAUCGAAGCAAUGAAUCAUGCAACAUUCGCUUACGAUGUUCGACAUAUAAUCAUAGAUAAUUUACAAUUUAUGACAUCAGAUUUGUGUCGAUUCAAUGAUAGGUGGGAAUAUCAUGAUCGUACCAUAUCAAAAUUUCGUAGCUUUGCAACUGAGAAAAAUGUUCAUAUCACAUUGGUAGUACACCCUAGGAAAGAUAGCAGAGAUUUAUUAGAUAUUAAUUCAAUAUUUGGAUCCGCUAAAGUGUCUCAAGAAGCAGAUAAUAUUGUUAUUCUUCAAAAAAUUGCAAGAGAUGAGGGCGAGUUUAGAUAUUUGGAUAUUAGGAAAAAUAGGUGA